CGGCGCCCGCGCACCACGCUUGCGACGAAUCGCUUAGCAUCUAAUUAACAAUUAAAUCUAGUGCGUAAUUAAGUUGGUGUCGCAGUGAUUAGACACUACAGUGUUCAUUCCACUGUGUAUUUUUGAUUACUUAACCCUUAUUAAACAACUAAAGGACUUGUGAUUUUUCUACUCACGCCCACCUGCCGAUAUACCUGCUUUUCUACCCGCACAAGAUGAGUUCUGAUGAAGCCCUCCUGCCCCUUCAAGUACAUAUGAGAUGGCGUGUCGCGGGUGGCGUGGGCGCGCCGCUCGCCGCUGCCAUCUUCUUCAUGCUGCCACUCAUCACCUCGUCCACUGGGGAUAUCAGACACCACGGCACGUCACGGUCGCGCGGCUGGCGAGCGCAGCCGUCGUCAGAUGUGACAGCCAACAACUCAGUGAGCAAUGUCACUGCGCAACUUGGUGGCACAGCCUACUUGCAUUGUCUCGUCGGUCACUUGAACGAACGAGGGCAAGUGUCGUGGAUUAGAAAACGCGACUGGCACAUUCUCAGUUCCGGAAAAUUUACAUACACAAACGACGAACGAUUCCAGGUCCUACACGGUGAGGGCUCAGAGGAUUGGACUUUACAGAUCAAGUUUGUGCAGAAAAGAGACAACGGCACAUACGAGUGUCAGGUAUCAACUCGCACUGGUAUCGUGUCACACUACGUGCGGCUACAGAUAGUGGUGCCCGAAGCCUUUAUCCUGGGCUCCGGCGAGCACCACGUCGACCUCGGCAGCGUCAUACAUCUCAUCUGCAUUGUUGAGAAAAGUCCGACGCCGCCGCAAUACGUAUUUUGGUACCACAACGACCGCAUGAUAAACUACGAUGCGACGCGCGGCGGCAUCACGGUGGAAACGGAGCCGGGUGCGCGCACGCAGUCACGGCUCACAGUACGAGGCGCUACACUAAAAGAUUCCGGCAACUACACGUGCAGCGCAAGCAACACCGAGCCCGCAUCCAUACACGUGUUCGUCUCUGAAGGCAGCAACAAGAUGGCGGCGAUCCUGCGUCGCAACACCAGUGCGAUACACGGCAUCACGUCGAGCGUCACCUGCCUAUUGCUACUCUCCUCAGUGAUGGUUCAUUUCGGCCUACGAUGACGGUGAUAUUAAGAUCAAGAUAGUUAAGGAUUUGGUACUGUAAACAAGUUUAUCGCAUUGUUACUUCAUGUUAAAUAAUCAAAAACCUGACUUACCAGCCGAUGUCACAGUUAUUACUAG